AUGUCGUUUUCCGGCCUAUCCUUCAUCUUUUGGCGCGUCUUCCAAAUCAUCACCCUCAUACCCACGCUAGGCAUGUUAGCUUGGUUUGUCGACUGGUACAACAGCCGCAACCUACUCACACCAGUUUCAAUUCUGGUCCUCUUCAUCGUAUCCGUACUCGGCGCAGUAUGGGCAUUGGGAACCCUCUUCCUCUACACACGCGCAAAGCACUCGGCCAAGUUUGUUGCCUUUGUCGAUCUACUGUUCAUGGGAGCCUUCAUUGGAGCCGUUUAUGCACUCCGUGGCAUUGCCGACGCCGACUGCUCUGGUUGGCAGAGAAAUGGCUCCUACAGCUCUGAUCUCGGAUUGUUCACCAUCUCUGGAUCCUCGUAUGGGUUUGACAUUGACCGCCAAUGCGCCAUGCUAAAGGCGUCAUGGGCUUUCGGUAUCAUGAACAUCAUCUUCUUUUUCAUCACUGCUAUCUUGGCUCUACUUGUCCAUCAUCACUACCGCUCUGAUCGCGUUGUCGUCAAGCGCGAAGUCCACCGAUCUCGCCAUGGCCACCGCUCUCGCAGCCCUCGCUACUCGCACAGGAGCCAAAGCCGGAGCCGUCGCAGCUACGUCUAA